AAGACUCUUCCCCGCGUCAUGAGGGGCGUCACUUUCACUCUUUCUGCAGCGAAGGCGGACGUGCAAGCAGCGAAAAGAGUCAGAGCGCAUUAAGGGCUCGCGCACGUGUGUUCCGGAGCGAUGCUGGUCAUGCGAUGGUGGCUGGGUCCCGUCCUUCUGUUUGCGGCCAACACAGCUUUAAUCAGUGGCUUGGGAACGCGCCAACUUCCUGCCUCGUUCCAAGCAAUCGGCCAAGCCUAUACCCUCAGCGAAUGCUCACCCGGGGCCCGCUCCAGCGAUUCCUCAGUAGCGUCCGAAUUCAGAGAGAGCUACCGAGAGGAUGCCAAGACGGGGCAGAGCAGAGCGGCCCUUGUCAUUGACCUCGGGAUCCUGCAGUCUGUGCGCUUCAUUGAAGACAGCGCUCUCAACGAGAGCGUACAGAUCAAGGAUAAACAGUGCUCAAGGGUAAACGCGGAUGCGGUGAACACGUUUAACUUUCACUUACUGAAGGGUCGCAACGGUUCCGUGGCGUUCCCUGUACGCCAGAUGUUGAGCAUGCCUCCGUCCAACGAGAGGCCGAUCACUGGAACGUGCAGGGAUCAGCCGUGCAUCACGUGGACCUACCGGCAGACUCCCGUCACAAGAAAGGACGACGGUGGUGCAGUGAUAGAGACUCGUGAUGUGUACUCAGCCGUAUGGACCGAUUUUACAGAGAAAAAUGCCUGGAACUCGAUGUCCGCUCAACGAAAUGUUCCUCUGGAGCUCCGAAUGUGUCGCCAGGAAAAGGUCACUCGGCCAGGCGAGAGCAGCAGCGAAAUCACCGAGCAGUACAACGUCAUGGAGAUAAUGCACUUCACUCACGACGCGGUAAUCACCGAAGACCUGGAGUACCCGGACGGAGUGUACUGCGAAGACUUUGUCUCUGAGGAGUGGAAACUCGACGAUUCCCCGCUCACUUAUCUGAGCUACUCAGCGGAAGUCACGCUUGACGCAAAAAAUGGACGGACUGUUGCUGACUCGCGUGUUCGCAUGGACACUACAGAGAGGCUCUACCGGAUCGAUUUCACUUCGGAGACGUCGAACAUUAACAAUUUCGCCCUACCAGACGGCGUGAAAUCCGUGAACCGCAUCAUUUCAGGAAUACACGGACUCGUGUUCGACAUUCAACACCUGAAUAGAGGAAUGACGCGGUGCCAAAGCAGAACGCUGAGAAGACUGCCCUUCAUGAAGGAGUCUAUAAUAAACUUCCAGGAUGUACCGACUCUUUCGCCUACGCUUUUCUUUGGCACAGAUCGGACAAAGUACGUUCUAAAGAAAAAGACACGCAAGCGAGGAAUUCCUUGCAACGUGUGGCAAGGCCGACGCACUGAUUGGCCACCAGGAGCGAAUAUCACCACCGUCUGGGAAUGGUGCGUAGGUGAGCAAAUGGAAAAGCAACCGAUCGGCAUGUGGGACUCUCCCCGUCUGCCUCUGGUCAGCUUGGAAAUCUACUACGCUGAAGUCGACGAUUCCGUACCCGUCAGCGAAGGAACCACCGAUUGGGAGAAGCUGACCUUUUCUUUCUAUCGAGUUGACAAAGCCAACAAAUGGGUGACAGAUCUGAAGGCCUUCGAUGUCACUGACUGCAUGGGGGACAAUGUUUAUCCUAUGCAGUUCGAACUCAAGUAUCCCGAAACUAAGUAUGAAGACGUGGUGAGCGUCACCGUCGAGCCGCUAUUUUUGGCGAUGUGCAAAGCGCAGAUAGUGCAAAGUUUGAAAUCGAAACUUGGACCACUUAGGAUUGGACGACUGCGUGCUGUAUUCGAUGAACAAAGAAAGCUGUAUAUUCAGUUUUCAUUGCUUGAUGGGUUCACUUCCGUUAAGAAUGAGUCUACAUUAGAACAAAUGAAGGCCUCACUUCAAAAAGACGUGGAUGAGAAGACGCUGAAAAUUGAAGUCAAUGCGCCUGGAAAAAAGGAUGACAUCUUGUUUACGGCUGCACCGCGUUCAGCUUAGGAGCACCGGCGACGACAAUUUUCCGGCUGGCAAGGCCUCGAGCGCUGCUGCCUUUCAGUCUCGAGGGCCCCACUGGUUUGACGGUAAUCUGACGGUGCGGAAAGCUCCGCCUGCGCUUUUUUACAGAUAUCAAGCACCUGAUCAGCCAGUCCUGCCGAAGAACGAAAUCAGUGGCCUUACGAAGACGGUGCGUGUGGUGACUUUCGUAGCGGGGGCCAUCGGACUGUUCGUCGUGGGUGCUUUUGUGGGAGCCAUAUCGCUGCGCCUCCAGCGCAUUCUACGAUAGAAACGUAAAUAAAAGAAAAAA